UAACAAACUUCAUACCCAACCACAUUUUUUUUUUUGAAGCAGCAGCAUUUGAUUAGGAAACCAAAGACAUCACUUAAGAAAAAAACACCUGCUUUUGCUAUGAUCCAUGAUAAUGAUCCAUCUGUCAAUAUUACUUCACUCUCAAAUUGUCGGUUGUCAGUUUUUUUUCCUCUGUAGGCAGGAUUUUGCACACUGCUUCGUAAAAGUAUAUAAUUAAAAUAAAGACAGACUUUUGACUGUGCCUCAUGGAGCUUAACAAACAAAUCACUGAUGAUAUAAGCUUAAAUGAACAUGAUCAGACUUUUAUAAGACUUUUUUUUUAUUUUAUGUCUCUGAUUGGUUUAUUGCAGCUUGUUUAAAGUGGAAAUGAAGCUGUCAGUCAAGUUUAAAUUAUUUAGUAAACAGUUUUCCACUUUAGUACCGCACUCGCGUGCGCUUGAAUGAUUUAAACUGGGGGUGUGCGAUUUUUGAUUGUGGAUGAUAAAUAUGUCUCCGCGAUGUACUUUUGAAGAAAUGUCGUAGUAGCCCAUUCCGUCAGUUGCAGUUCUGCCACCUUCGGCUCAAUAUACUGCACAUUCACAUCAAAUGUUAACUCAGCAGCAGAGUUACACUUACGGGACACUGCACUUAUUCAGGAUCACAAAAGUACAUUAGUUGCAUGUGCUUUAAUGCCUUGCCAGUUAACAUGUCAUUCACAUGCUGUUCUGACGUGCGCUUUUUCUGAGUACGUACACCGCCCUCCAAAAGUUUGGAAACACCCCUGACAAAGUGUGGUUUUGGACGAUAUCAGCAUAAAUCCUCAUCAUUUUUUGGUGCAAAUACAGUAAAGUAACUUGACAUUAGUGAUGCUCCGAUUGAUCGGCCACCGAUCAUGAUCGGCCGAUAUUGGCUAAAAAUAGUUUGAUCGGCAAACCCCAAAAGCGCCAAUCAAAAAGCGAUCACUUGACGUAAAUUACUUGCGCGACUUUUUCACACGUGCAUGCACGGCGGACAGGUAAACAACAGCAGAGCGGAGCUUACCAGUGGCAACAUGAGUUCUCCUGUCUGGAAGUUUUUCAAAGUGUCCGAUAAAGACGUAAAGUUAGCCGUUUGCAAUGUAUGUCGUGAUGAAAUCCCUCGAGGUGGAAGCAAGCAACGGCAUGAUUAGGCAUCUUAGAACACGCCAUACAACUGAAUAUGCCGAGUAUGAGAAACUAAACCAGCCGAAGCCAACAACAUCCCCAUCCCUCAACCAGCCGACUGUGAGUGAUGCAUUUAAACGACGUGAACCAUACAGCAGGGAUAGUACGAGGUGGAAAGACAUCACGUUCAGAAUUAUGGAAGUCAUUUGCCUCGACGAACAACCUCUAUCCGUUGUGGAGGAUAAAGGGUUCCGUCGCCUGCUAAGCUGCCUUGAUCCACGAUACGACCCCCCAGGCAGGAAAUACCUAACUGAUGUGUGUCUCCCAACGCUGUACCAAACAGUGAACACAAACAUUGACAGGCUUCUGAAGGAUAGUGUAUAUAUUAGCUUCACAAGCGAUAUAUGGAGUGCAGACGCCUGUCCAAUGUCCCUGCUAAGCUUAACAGCACACUUUAUUGACUCAGACUUCGAAAGACACAACAUUGUGCUACACUGUCAGGAUUUCACAGGGUCAUAUUCUGCGGAGGCUUUGGUGAACGCAUUUAGCGGCAUGUUUCAGUCACGGGGGAUCCAAAGAGAAAAAAUCCACGCAAUUUUAACAGACAACGCCAAAAACAUGCAGAAAGCAAUGAGAGACGCAGAUUUCCCUGGCCUGCCGUGUGUGGCACACACUCUCCAGCUUGCUGUGCAUGAGGGGGUAUUAUCCCAGCGAAGUAUUUUGGAUAUCACAGCCUCAGGGAGACGCAUCGUUGGGCACUUUAAGCAUUCUCCGUUGGCAUAUACCCGGCUGGAAAAUGUUCAAAAGCAACUCGGCCAGCCGAUUAAAAAAACUCCGCCAGGAUGUGUCCACUCGAUGGAACAGUACAUUGUACAUGUUCCAAAGUCUGUAUAGAACAGAAACUGGCGCUUGCAGCCUAUGCUGCAGAACACGAAUUGCCAUGCACGUUCACAAUUCACCAGUGGAAAUUAAUCGAAAAUAUGGUCUCCAUCCUCGCCCCGUUUGAAGAGCUCACACAACAGAUCAGCUCAUCAACUGCGUCCGCUGCGGAUGUGAUUCCGUGUAUAAGAGCUCUCACCCGACUCUUGGAGAAGACGGUGGAGUCUGACCAUGGUGUGAAAACAUCAAAAACAGUACUACUGGAAGCUGUCAGAAGACGAUUCGCUGACAUUGAUACACAGAAGCUAUAUGCAAUUGCGACGAUGCUAGAUCCAAGAUACAAAGACAGAUACUUUCCAGAGGAUCUCAAACCAACUGUGCGUGAUCUGUUUCGGGACGUCGUUACAGCCCAUUGCCACACUGAACUGCCAAGUACAAGCAGUGUUGAGGUGCCCGGUUCCAGCAGGUCAACAGACAAAAGCCCACCAGCUUGCUCUUUACAGGCAAUGUUUGCUGAACUGGUGGAGGAGGAUACAGGACAAACUGAUGAGGAAAUCGCGAUCGUCUCACAGAUCAACCAAUAUCUAGCAGAGGCCGUAAUGCCACGCAGUGGACAGCCACUUGCUUAUUGGCAGGCGAAUAAAGGCCGCUUCCCUGCACUUGCACAGGCAGCAAGAGCAUAUCUUUGUUCACCGUGCACAAGUGUGGAUAGUGAGCGACUGUUUAGCACAGCUGCAAACGUUAUUGAUGACAAAAUAAACCGGCUGACAUCAAAAAAUGCGGAGAUGUUCAUAGUCAUCAAGCGAAACUUGCCUUUUAUGAUUGAGACCUGAAGGAUUUUGUACUCUGUGUUAGUAGGCCGAGGCCCAGCAUGUUUUGGUUUGAAACAUUCUGUGGCCAAUUGUUUAAUUUUAAUAUAUUAAAAAAGGCUACAUUUUACAAGUAGCCUGGGCCUAUGUAACCUCAUCCCAUCCCAAGUUCAUCUGUUGGUAACUAUCUGUUUGGCCUCCUUGUUUCUCUGCCUUGUUAUUUAGGAAGGAUGGCAUUGGCUUACAGUAGCUUACAUUAUUUUAUUUUUUGGAUCUGAUGUAGUUGGUUCCUCAACUACAUCAGACGUUCAUAAUAAUAACAGAAAAAAACACUUGCCAUAGUUUUGUCCUUUGUGACAGUAGCCAGUUUUGGUGUAACAAGUUUUACAUUUUGCUGCCAAUUAUAAAAUAUAAUCAGUGUAUUAAGAGGCUACAUCCCAUUAAGCUGAUCUGAUGUGUGUUGGUCUGCCUGACCCCUCUUUGUUUGGAAUAAUUUUAAGUUACUCUGCCUUAUUUGGGAAAGAUGGCCUACAGUAGCCUUAAGUUCUCAUUUUCUAAAAUAAACACUUGGUGGUUCUUCAAGAUCUUGACUGUAGCCUAUUUCUACAGUUUUUUUUUUUCAAUAUAGUUAAUUUAGAGUUAGUUUCAUUUCUACAAAUGGUGCAAACUCUGCUAGAUUAUAGAUAAAAGAUAAGAAAAGGUGUGCUGACCCAAAAAUCUUGAGGAAAACAUUUGGACUUCAAUUGUGCCCCCGAUUUUGAAUAUCCAAAAGUUUAAAUGCAGUUUCAAAAGGCUCUAAACGAUCCCAGCCAAGGAAGAAGGGUCUUAUCUAGCGAAACAAUCAUUUCGCUAGACAAGUCAUUUUUUUUUCGAAAAAUAAGAAUUUGUAUACUUUUUAAGCACAAAAGCUUGUGUAGCACAGGCUCUGGAAUAUGUGUUCUUGAAUGAUUUUUUUCAUUUUGAACAGCUCUUUAAUGUGACUCGGGAAGAACGAGUCGUCUCGGGGGGUGAUUCGUUCAGUCGCGCAUGCGCAACUUCCUAUUUGGUUCUGUACUGGAAGUAGUUCACCUGUUUCGAGUCUUGGGGUUUUUGGAGUCGUUUGUUCAUUUUAUGGGGCUGUCACGUGAUGAAUAGUUUUGUCUUGUUCGUAGUGUAAUCAAUGUUUGUGUAAGCAGUAGAUGUGUUAGGGAAGUAACAUUUUAACAUUUUAAUUAUAUUUUGUUAAAAUGAACGAAAUGACUCGAAAAAAGUUCAUUUUGCUAAACAAGACUCAAAGGUCCGAGUCUCUAAAAUGAUCCGAACUUCCCAUCACUACUGCCAAUCACGUCUAAAUUCAUUGUCUAUGUAUUCUGGCUCAAAAAGGUAGAGAAUGAUGAAAAACUCAAUCUUAUUUUUUACUACAACUACAGGAUCAUCCGACAUUGUUGUAGCUUUUUGUUUGUAAACAGCGUUUGACUUGCACUUUGUUAGUCUUUGCACGUUCGCUUUGUAAACACUGGGUCUGUAGUUUCCACAUGACCUUUUGACGUGAUUCAAUAGUACGUAGUGUCGUGAACGCGCAUCUCAGACCCUGUGCUACACGA